GUGUUGCAUAUUUUUCUUGGGGGGAAGUCAUGGGUUUCUGUUUCGUGCCGGACUCGGUCCGUCGGCGCUCCUUCUGUUUCCGUGUCUUGGAGGAGAGCAGUAGUGUGAUUCGAGAGGAGGAUUUUAUCUGUCAAAAUGCAGGACCCGAACGAAGACACAGAGUGGAAUGAUAUUCUGAGGAAGAAAGGUAUUCUUCCUCCCAAAGAGACGCCUAAAGAUGAUGAAGAGGAGGAGCUGGCACUCCAACAGCAGUCUAUCGUUAAAACAUAUGAGGACAUGACUCUGGACGAACUGGAGGAGAACGAAGAUGAGUUCGGUGAAGAGGACGAGGCUGCCAUUGAGAUGUACAGACAGAAGCGUCUCGCAGAGUGGAAGGCAACUCAGAUGAAGAAUGUGUUCGGCGAGAUGGUGGAAAUCUCAGGGCAGGACUACGUCAAGGAGGUCAACAAGGCUGGAGAAGGCAUCUGGGUGGUGCUGCACCUCUACAAACAGGGCAUCCCUCUGUGUACCCUCAUCAAUCAGCACCUGAGCAUGUUAGCCAGGAAGUUUCCUCAGACCAAGUUCCUCAAAUCCAUCUCCACCACCUGCAUCCCCAACUACCCAGACCGCAACCUGCCCACCAUCUUUGUCUACUUUGAGGGAGAGAUGAAGGCACAGUUUAUUGGACCACUGGUAUUCGGGGGCAUGAACCUCAAAGUUGAAGAGCUGGAGUGGAGGUUAUCAGAGUCCGGGGCUGUAAAGACAGACCUGGAGGAAAACCCUAAAAAGCAAAUUGAAGACAAGCUCAUGUCAUCGAUCAGAUGUUCCAUGCCUACACGAAAGGACAGCGACUCGGAGGACGAGGACUAGUAGUAAAAGAACAACACCUGCCACUCCAAAACAGAGAUUCCUCGUGGUCGCUUCAAGGGGAACAACCUGAGGAGUUUAAAAUACCAUGUUUUGACUCUGAAACAGGUCCUCAGUCCUGCCCGAGGGCACUGGGACAAACACUCUGCUGGAGAGAAUCAAACCCUGUUGAUUUAAAGUGCAGCCUCGUGUACCUUCUGGGAAAACCGCCAAACACUCACUCUUUUGUAAUAAAAAAUAAAUGUCCAAGUCCACCAACAAAAGCAUCAAAGACAAAUUUUAACUUUUUUAUUAUGUUUCAUGAUAAUUAUGUCACAAAAUGUACAUGUGCAUUUAAAUCUGUUGGAUUAAAUGUGAGUUCAUCUCUUUGCCACAAUAAUAA